CUGUGGAGCCCAUGCAUAUGAAGAAUACCAGUAUGUCAAAGCAUGGAUCAACUGUGACCAUUGACUGUUUUCCUGAUGGGGACAAUACAUCAUGUGUUUCCAUAUACAGAGCUUAUGACAACCCAACUGUGAAACACAUCGAUACAUUUCCUGCUGAUGUAACACUCCAACCUGGAGAGUAUACCUUUGCUCUAUUCAAAAGUAUAGGCAACACAAGCAUUGAUGAAAGGCCCUUUAUUACCAGAGUUUUCACAGUAGAAAACGAUGAACCUACUUCGUCACUGCCAGAUGGAUCACCCUCAGUUGUUGUUGCACUAGUGUUGGUGGUCCUGUUCAUAAUGGUGACAGGAGUUAUUCUCUUGAUGGUGUGGAAGAAGCACCCAUGUCUCAGACGCAUACUAAAAGAAGACGUCUGCCUAAAACCUCAGCCAUCAUCCAGUUUUGCAGGAGGAGGGGUUGAGAGUGUCCAAACACGGAGAUCAUCCUCCCUUUCUCUGAAGAGCCCUAACGGAGACGGUCCUUUAAUUUUCAGCAGCACCAAUGGUGUUACUAAUCAUGUUCAAGUGGACAGUGAUAUUAAAGAUCCUUGCGAUGAUAACCCUGUCCGUAUGAUGACUGGAGUUGAGGAGAUAGAACCACCUUAUGAAGGCAAAAAAGAGGAAGAUGAUGUAUCU